CAGAACUGAGCAGAUCGUCACACAGUUCUUGGAGUCCAAAAUGGCGCUAUGUUUACGUCUAUGCAUAAUCGCUUUUUAUCCCUAGCAAGUCUCAUGGAGAGCUUUGGUGACUUUAUUCCCUCGAAAAGAUAAUUUGAACUAACAUUUAACUACAAAAAAACCGUUCCACGACAAACAGAUCUGUGAAUACAAAGUUCACCAGCAGCAGUAGGAAGGAUGCAGACUGAGACCACGGACUCUUCACUGAGAGAGGGCAUAGAGGCUCUGGGUGUGAAGGACACAGAAAAACCUGCAGCAGGAAAAGAGAAGGAGGAGGAGGGCGACACAGAGCAACAGGACACUGAGACGACAACUGCUACAGAGGAGGAGGACACUACAACCAAGGAUGAAAACAGUAACUUCAUUAAGAAACAUAAUAAGAAUGGAGACACAGAUGCAGGGGAAGGAGAGGCACACAAGGAUGAAGCCCAGGCAGACACAGGGGUGGAUGGUGAAGAGGGAAAGCAGGCUGCAGAAGUGGAUGGUGAAUGGGAGCUUGCAUACAGCGACGAAGAAAUGGAGGACCCUAAGAACUGGAUGCCCCCUCCUACUGAGAUCAAAAGACUCUAUGAGCUCCUUGCUAAAGGAGAGAUGCUGGAACUGAACUUUGUGCCCCUUCCUAGAAGGCCCCCUACACCUGAACGUACCCCGUCACCUGAAAGAGAUGAUGAGGAAGAAGCAGCAAAGGAAAGGGAGAGGGAGGAGAGAGAGCGCAAGCCUCCAACUCCAACUGAGUUUGACUUUGAUGAGGAGCAAAUGCAAGCCACUCCAAAAAAUUCCUUCAUCAACAGACGCAGAACACCAGGAUCUUCAGCCCGCUCCUCUGUGAAAAGGGAAGCCCGGCUGGACAAAGUGCUGUCAGACAUGAAGCGCCACCGCAAAAUUGAGGAGCAUAUCAUGCGUACAGGUCGAGAUCUCUUCAAGAGCGAAAAGAAGCUGGAGGAAGCCCUGUCUCCCAACAGCCAGAAGGAGCGGGAGAAAGAGAGGGAACGAGACAGCAACCCCAACACCAUCUUCUCCCCGAGACAGAGGAGAUACUGAAGUAUUAAGAGAUGAGGACUUGCUCAAAGGCAAACAAGGACAAAAGCUUUCAGAGGCUUUUUCAAAACUUGAAUUUUUUUAUGUAACGAGUUUUGUAUGUUUUCUAUGUGUGUUUUGUAUGAUGGCAAUAAACAUUUUAAUCCUGGAGUAA